AUGCUGGUGGACGCCUAUCGUGACGAACGCCCUGGGAUCCGCAUCGCCUACAGGACGAACCGCCAACUCCUCAACCCUCGGCGGAUGCACUUCCAGUCGGGUGCACCCACAACCACCGUCCACGAACUUCUCUUCGACAACGACCGCGCCCUCAACAUCAGCUCGAAAGGCGACAUGCCAAGGAGCAUGGAUCUCUUCUCCGCCGCCAGCGACAACUUCGGCCUGGUUAUCAACACAGAUAAAACGGCGGUUAUGCACCCACUGCCACCCGACGAUACCUACGUCGCACCCAAAAUCAUCGUGAACGAAGCCAAACUACAAGUCGUAAACAACUUCACGUAUCUGCGCAGCACCCUCUCCCGCAACACCAAAAUCGAUGAUGAAGUGACCCGCCGGAUUUUCAAUGCCAGCCACGCCUUUGGCCGUCUGCAAAGCGCAAUCUGGAAUCGCCAGGGUCUUCCCCUCGGCACCAAACUGAAGAUGUAUAAAGCGGUCAUCCUACUGACGCUAUUGUACGCAGCGGAGACCUGGACAGUGUACAAGACGCAGGCGCGAAGACUCAAUCACUUCCACCUCAGCUGUCUUCGACGGAUGCUGAAGCUGAGGUGGCAGGACCGGAUCCCGGACACUGACGUACUGGAAAAGACGGGAAUUAUCAGUAUCUACGCCAUGCUGAGACAAUUACAACUGGGCUAG